AGCGCGAAAACAUUCGCAACAGAAAAUCCCCAAAAACAAAAACACUCCCAAAAAAAUGUUCUCCGUCGCGCCGCCUCUCCUGGGCCGCGACCACCUCUUCUUGGUCCUCCACAGAAACCCUAAUUUCAUCUCCACAAGUUUCAGGCAAAACCACCACCAGAUCAGUAGUAGUAGUAGUAGUAGUAGUAGUCUCUUCACGGUUCGAUCGUCUUCGAGCGUACAAGAGAUCGAGAAACCGAAAGAGAAAUCGACGGAAGAAGGAGAGAGAGAACGGAGUUCGAAGAUCUUCGUUUCGGUGCCGUUUCCGCCGAUUAGGGCGGCGAAGAGGGUGGUGCUGGUGAGGCACGGCCAGAGCACGUGGAAUGAGGAAGGUAGGAUCCAAGGGAGCUCCGAUUUCUCGGUCCUAACUCCGAAAGGCGAGUCUCAGGCCGAGACUUCCCGCCUCAUGCUCAUCGAUGACUCCUUCGAUGUCUGCUUCUCCAGUCCACUGAAUAGGUCAAAGAGAACAGCUGAAAUCAUUUGGAGUGCUCGCAAGGAGGAGAUUAUUACUGAUUCUGAUCUGAGGGAAAUUGACCUGUACUCCUUUCAAGGUCUCCUAAAGCACGAGGGAAAAGCAAAGUUUGGUGCAGCUUUCCAUCAGUGGCAAACUGAUGCGGCAAAUUUUAAUAUUGAUGGUCAUUAUCCAGUGAGAGAGUUAUGGGAUCGUGCUAGAAGCUGCUGGACCAAAAUCUUAACUCACGAAAGCAGGUCUGUUCUUGUGGUUGCUCACAAUGCUGUUAAUCAGGCCCUCGUUGCAACAGCGAUUGGCUUAGGCACCGAGUAUUUCAGGAUUUUACUGCAGAGCAAUUGUGGUGUGAGUGUGCUGGAUUUCACCCCACGACUAGAGGGUGGGUCUCCAUAUAUAUGUCUUAAUCGCUUAAAUCAGACCCCAAAUUCACCUAUUGCAGCUGGAAGUUCUGGAGGCAGAAAAACCAGUAAUCGGAUAAUUCUUGUUUGUCAUGGAUCCUCACAGAGUGGCUCAGAGUCUACCAUUCCUUGCACUGGUGACGGGCCAAUGAAUAUGCUAGGGGCCAUACAGUCCCAGAAAACAGCGGAGCUACUUCUUGAUUCAAAGGUGAACUCUAUAGUCAGCAGCCCUAAAAUGGCCUCAGCUCAGACGGCCGAUGCCAUAUCCAGAGUUCAAGAAGCCGCUGAUUGCUUGGGUGCAGAUUGUGUGCCUCGUUAUGUGGAAAUGAAGCAGAUGCAGGACCUUGAUGUUGAAAACAUUCUUCAACAAUCAAAGAAGGAUGCAACUGAAGUUCCAUAUCUUCGGUCUGGUUGGUUAAAUGGAUAUGAAGAUGGAGUGAUGACAGCAUUGUGGGAUAAGUCAGGGCAGGCCUGGAAAUCUUUACUGGAGGAGCUAUGCAGUGGGUCUGAGGCAGGAAAUAUUGUCGUAGCAGUCGGUCAUCCUGUGGCUCACAUUGCACUGAUGGUGCACUGCCUGAAUCUGACAAAAGAAUGGAUGGGAUUGUUUCAUCUUGAUGCUGGUAGCAUCAGUGUCAUUGACUUCCCAGAUGGAGCAACUGGAAGAAGUGUUAUCAGAUGCAUAAACUACACUGCUCAUCUGGGAAGGUGGUCAAUACCCAUUACAAGGUCAACCCUCGACGAUGAAGAGUUCUAACUGUAUAUAUGUAUGUAGUUUGGAAUUGACUGGUGAUGAGAUGAUCUUAGAUGGAAAAACAGAUCAGGUUCUCCAAACAAGUCAAAAAUUUGUCCGAUAAGUGGUUCAGCUUACACCGGCAAUUCAAUAUAGAUGAAUAUAUACUACAUUUAUAUAUUUUUCUCCUUUUAUUGUUUCUAUCUUGUAAUUUUACAUCUAAUGUUCAACAGAAAUGAGAACUGAAACAUCAACUCUAAAUUGUAACAAAAAACUAGAAAAAAAAUCCAUUCUGCUGAUUCAUA